UGGUCGGAAAAACAGUGUACAUUGCAACCGAAAGGGGUGGAAAACUCCAGCCCAUUUUCACCGCCCAAUUCCUGCCGGAGCGUGUAACGCGUAGUAGCGAGAACAACAAACACUCUUGACAGCAGUAGCAGCGUACCGUUCUUUGCGAGGAGUUUAAAGCCAACAACACCGGCACCAUGGAUCCGGAGGCGUUCCUUGACAUCGCCAACCAGGUGAUCAAGCUGAAGAUGUUCCCGUACUUUGACAUCGCGCACAGCCUGCUGUGUGCGUUGUCGGUAAAGGAGGAUCUUGGUGCGGGAGCGCAUGCCUUCUCCCGGAAGCAUCCGCUCGCCUGCUGGCUGUCCACCAUGCUGGUCGUUUUUGCUGGCGGAAUGGUCGCGAAUGGGUUGCUUGGUGAGCCGAUUCUGGCCCCGCUUAAGAACACACCCCAACUGCUGGUCGCAACUGCCUGCUGGUAUAUCGUCUUUUACACGCCGUUCGACAUCGGUUACAAAGUGGCCAAGUUCUUGCCCAUUAAGCUGGUCGCAAGCGCCAUGAAGGAGAUCUACCGCGCAAAGAAGAUCCACGACGGUGUGACGCACGCCGCUAAGCUCUACCCGAACGCGUUCAUCAUCAUGAUCAUCAUUGGCACGCUGAAGGGCAAUGGUGCCGGUUUCACGAAGCUGAUUGAACGGUUGAUUCGUGGUGUGUGGACUCCCACGGCCAUGGAGUUCCUGCAGCCAAGCUUCUACACCAAGGCGUCUGUGAUCGCGUCGAUCAUUUUCGUGCUGGACAAGAAGACGGACCUCAUUUCGGCCCCGCACGCGCUCGUCUACUUCGGUAUCGUCAUCUUCCUGGUAUACUUCAAGCUGUCGUCGAUUUUGCUUGGAAUUCACGAUCCGUUCGUGCCGUUCGAGAACCUGAGCUGCGCGCUGUUGUUCGGUGGCAUCUGGGACAGCCUGGCCAAGAUUCUGGGCCGCGGUCAGGCCAAGGAGGAACCGAAGGAUGCGAAAAAGUCGAACUAAGCGGGCCGUGGGCGAGGUGUUUUUUUUUACUUUUUAAUCCCAACGUGUGUAGGGUUUCGUUUGUGUAAUUUGGGUUUCUUUUUUAUCGUUUUGUGAUUUAUGUACGUGUGGUAUUGCUUAUUAACCGAGUCCGGCAGUGACGAAAGCAGCUAGCCAUGUAGUUUCAGCAGGCGAAAGAGAGCACGGCUUAGGAGUUGGUUCGAUCUUAUAUUUUAUGAUACGUUUUUAUUUUAGUAUGCUGCCAUAAGAAACUUAUAGUCCUAGCCUUCACUUGCCCCAAGAAAAGCAAAAUAACCAAAGGGAAACACGUGUGUAGACGCAGCGGGAAGCCGCGAUAGAGCAAGCUAGUUUAUUUUAAUUUUUAUUUCACAUUUCAGUGUGCCCUUUCUAGUCCGGCUAGAUAGACCACGUGUUAUCCGUCACCAUUUGGCACACGCGUGAAUGCGAUUACGUUUAGUUACGGUAGCUAGUUUUAGUUAGUUUAUUUCUUUUGUCCUGACUUUAUGAUUUUCGAUCGAACCCGGCCCGAAGGUGGCUUGGGGAAACAAGAAGAAAAAAAAAGCACGGCCAGAUAACAGUGGGUGAUGUGUGGCCGUCCUUUUUCGUAGGGUUUAUUUUGCGGUUGGCACUCCCUUUCAAUGGGUCGCCAAUCGACGCCAAGCUUUACGCAAACGCAAAAAAAAAAGGAAACAUUUUAAUCGAAGCAAAUAAUCGACAGCACAGACACAGACACACGCCGAACUUGAAAAGACUUGAUUAACUUUUACUUUUACGGUCGUCCUAAUCCCAUUUCGCCGACCCCCUGGGGUUGGCGAUGGGGAGAUAGAACGGAAACGACGACAUCCGCUCCGGAAAUCGAGACACAAAAUAAUACAUACUCCUACCCGCGUUUUGCCGGUAGAGCGCACAUUGGCAGGAUCAGGAAUGUGGCCUGGCCGUGUGCCUAAGCGAAAGAUCGGUAAGCAAUGCAGAGAAAUAAAGCAACGCGAUGUGAUU